ACUCGGGCAUGGGGUCUCUUCGUAGUUGGCACUUCAGGGAUAAAUGGAGUCCUAAAAUAUAGUACCAUGCCAAGAGUACCUCGUUCUAUCAAAGUGCUCUUCUUCAGUAGUCAGGGGGUGUUAAUCCAGGCAGUCUUCUUCUUUCUUUCAUCUUUUAUAGGGUUUUAGACUAUGGUAGCCUAUACUUCCUGGAUUUUCUUUUGUGGGUAUUCAUUGUUUUCGGAUUAUAUCUGUUAUCUAUAUGUGAAUCUGUUGAGAUUACGUAUUUUUUGUAGUUUGUUGUUGUUUAUGGAGUUUAGUGCCUGUUUAAUUGCAAAAAGUUCUGCUUCUGUCAUCUGUUUGUGGUUUUGUAAUUUCCAGAUUGUUGUGAUGUUUUUGUUUUGAAUGUAUAUUGCUGCUGAAGUUGAUGUUGGUUCUUUUGUUUUUGAACCGUCUCUGUAUUUUUUGUGAUAAUUUUGGUAUGCUGUGUUUUCAAGGAGGUGAAAGUGUUGUUGUGAGAUUGCUUGUGCAUAACUUUGUAGUGUUUUUUUGGUAGUGGCUUAUACUUUCACGGUUUAUGUUAACCGGUGAAGUUCCUUUAGUUACUUUAGUGAUUUCUUUUGUUUUUUGCAUAUGCUUCUUUAUUUGUAUUGUUUUUGGUUUGUUCUGUAAUGGGUUUUAGUUGUUGUAGUUUUUUGGAUAUCUAGGUUGUUUGGUGUAAAAUUGUUGUUACUACAAUCUUUAAAAUUAUGUUCAAAACUACUGCAUCUACUGCAUCUUUUUUUGUUUUUGCAAGUAAGAAUCCCAUGUCCAUAUCUGAGGCAAUUAUAGCAUUUAGGUAUUGGUAAGGUGUAUUGUUUAACUUGGUAUGAGGUGUGUCCAGUCGCUACCCUUUCUAGCAGUGGUCCUUUAAAUGUUAUUCUUAGAGAUUUUGUUAGGGUCCAUUUUUCUGCCUUAACUUUUUCUUGAGUAUUUUUAUUUAUUCUUAUUACUUCUUGAAUAUGCAAAAUAUGACCUAAUUUUCUUAUUCUUUCUUUGAUUGUUCUCAUGUCCAGGUUCUAUUUCAACUGGGUAUAUGGUUCCAUAUGUACAAUCUAUAUUUAUACUUGAUGUUGGUUAUUUGCAGAUAAUUUCCCAAUGUCCAAGUUUCUUUAUUCUUUUUAUAUCAUUAAUUUCAAAUCUAAUUGCCUUCCCAAUACCUAGUACUCAUAGGGAAUCUUCUAUAAUAUAUUUGUGGAAUUCUGAAUUAUUUAUUGCAUUUGUUAGUUGAAUUGGGUUAUUAAAGUUUGAAUUUAAUGAUUCUCCUGUUAAUUGUAUAAGUAUUACAUUCUGGUUUGAUCUUACUUGAUUAUUGGGUUCGGUGUUAUUCAUUGCUGGUUGGAAUUACUCGAAGUUUUUUCCGGCUUCUUCGUUCCGGUGUUGUUUGGAAGACUGGGAUUCAAAUAAUGCAAGACUUCUAACUUGCAAAGAAAUACAUACCUAUAAGGAACUUAACAGUUAUUGGAUCUGGAUGGACAAAAACAGUUUACAGAGGUUUAUAUGGAAAUAGUUCCGUAGCCCUAAAAACGGUGCAUAGUUCUGGUCACGACAUGGCUAGUUGUCAGGAAGAAACUAGCGUCUGUUAUCAUCGUUGUGCCUCAAAGAUAAUCAAGGAGACAGCACUGCUUCGUGAACUUAAACAUCCAAAUGUUUUGAAGGUAUUGGGGGAGUGCUUACCGAGUGAAGAUUAUUCUCCAGGACCUCCAGCUGUAGGAAUUGUUGCAGUGAUAACAGAACUAGGUCAUCCUGUGGACAUGAUAGAAAUUUUGCAGAUGGAUUUUGAAAGUCGUUUGAAGCUAGCAUAUGAUGUAGUCAAUAUACUGCAGCAUCUCGCCCACUCUCCCCUUGGCCCUCUAUUGAUGAAGGACUUUCGACGGCAGCAAUUUGUUAUUGUUGGUGACACAUUAAAGUUAUCCGAUGUGGAUGACAUAGUUCUUGGAGACCCUAAGUGCAUGCUUGAUAAGGACUGCAUUCUGGAGAUUAGCAGUGGUAAACAUGUUAAAUCAUAUUUGCCAUGUAGUGAUGGGAAAUGUAAAGGCUACAAUAGCCUGAGCAAUGCAAUUCAAGCUGGGCAACAUUUCAUGCGUCUGCUGAUCCCCUAUGGAAGUCCAAAAGCUUUGGAAAACACAAGUUCUGAUAUUCUAAACCGUCUCUUAGCUGGGAACCUAUACUCUGAAGAAGUUUAUUUAGAAAUUCAUCGUUUAGUGAGGAAUUACUCUUCUGGAAGUUAUCUUAAAAAUACUGAGAAGGAGAUGAUUAAAGAUUAUAUUGCAUACCCUGGUGAAACAAUAUUGGAAGGGGACUUUUCAUGCCAGAAGACAGCAGCUUGGGGAUGUAUUCAGUCCGUUUCCUCGCCUGCAGAAGGUGCCUGGCUCUGCUCGCAAAUCCCAAAGUGUGAGGCAUUUAUCCUCAUUGAUCAGUGGUCAUGGACAGGGCGUCAGAUUGCAGUGUUCAAGUCAUCACAAAGAAAUAUAAAACAAAAUAAGGAGCAUACACUAUACAUCCGUCGAGGACAGGGCUGAUGAUUGAAACAUGUUGUUAUCUAUAAUUGUAUAGAUAAGUAAAAAAGAAUGAUAAGUAUUUUUACCUAUAAUGACUUCCUUGGCUUUAAUUAGACAUUGAAAAUCUAAUAAUCUUUAUUUAGGUAUGAAAUACCAUUCAAUGAUUCGUUGUGAUUAUUGUGAUGAAUGAGAAUAUGUGAAUUCCAAUAGUCUUACUUUAUAUAAAUGUAAGAAAAGGGUUGUUUUAUAUAGGACUUUAUAUAUUUUAUACAUUUUUAUAAUUUUAUACAAAAAAUUAGCUAUAUAUCCAAAUUUAUGAUUUCUGAUAAGUUCAAGUUACUAGUGAAACUGUAACCAGUGCCAUAUCCGAAGUUGUAGAAUAUUAGUUUAUAUUUUUCGUAGUGGAGAUUAUUUUGUUUUUAUGCCAUGCAUUUUAUGUGUGCGAUUAAAAAAUUAUUGAGAUGUAGAUAGAAAACUUAAGAAGCAUAAGUUUAUCAGUAACAGCAUUAUUUGAAUUAGAGUUAUUGACUUUGUGUUUCACAAGGCAACUAGUAAUGAAAUUGAUAAAGAGGAAUGAUGCAUAUAGCAUGUCAGAUCAACCUCUGCCUUAUUAUAUAUGAUAUGUAUGAUUUAUUAUUCUUGAAAGAGGAUUAUUGUCUUCUAGUCAAAACCAAAGUAAAUGUUAUGUCAGCCAUCAAAUGGAAUUGCACAAUACUUGUCAUGAAGGUCUUUUGUUAUAGAAAAGACUGUGAUUUUUAGGUUAGUGUUUAUUAAUAAGUCAUAUUAAUGAGAAUCUAAUUGUAAUAAAAGUAUGACAUUUUGA